AUGGAGAGUGCUUGGAUUGUGGAUGGUCCAUGGAUUGCUAGGAAUGUAAAGAAUGCCUCUGUGUGCUCAGCUUUGCAGACUAAAGACUGUGGAGCUUACAUCAACUGCCCUAACUGCUAUUACCGCAUCUACAACAACAAUGCACAGUCUCCAUGGCCAGGUCUUCCUAAAGGUGUGAAAUUCGAGCCAACCGAUGAGGAAGUUAUCGGGCAUUUGGAAGCCAAGUGUGGGAUUGAUGGCUUAAAACCACAUCCUUUUAUCGAUGACUAUAUAUGCUCAGUCACUGGAGAUGUUGGCAUCAACUAUACUCAUCCUCAAAACCUUCCAGGUGUGAAUAAGGAUGGAAUUAGUGUCUUCUUCUUUAACAAGACGACGCAUGCAUAUCAAAAGGGGAAUAGAAAGAGGAGAAAGAUCACACCAACUGGUCUAAAAGAUGAAUCGGUUCGCUGGCACAAAACUGGUCAAACCAAACCCGUGAUGAUCAAUGGAAUCCAGAAGGGAUGCAAGAAGAUCUUGGUGCUCUACAAGAAUGGGAGAAAGGGAUUAAAACCUGAGAAAUCCAACUGGGUUCUGCACCAAUACCACUUGGGAACAGACGAAGGCGAGAUUGGAAGCUUUGUUGUUUCUAAGAUCACUUAUCAGCAGCCAAAGCAAUGGGAGAAAGAUACAGAUGAGAGUGAGUGCUUUGGGGUUGGAGUUGGCCUAACGCCGAAAACGUUUACUUGUGGACAGCCUAGAUCUGAGAUUUGUGUUAAUGAGGAUGAAACAGCUUGUGGUGGUGAUGCUACGAUGGUUCUUGAUUCAUCUGUUCAGGGGCUAGAAAACACUCCAGAAGCUUCGUUUGGUUCAACAUCAGAGAAAAGAGUUCAAGUAGCAGAUAAUUUCAAUGUAACUGAAGAUAACUUGGGGUGCAAGAAAGUUAAAGUUUCGUCUUCCCUUGUAGAAGAGGAGCCUAAUUAUGGGAAUUUCGAGAUGGGGUCUGGACACUUUUUAGUUUCAGAUUUUGAAAUGGCAGAUCUAGGGACUCUCCCUGAUCACUUUGACCGGUUUAACCUUCUUCUUCUUCUUCUUCUCGACUAUGGGGUUGGACUUGGCCUAACAACGCCGAAAACGUUUACUUGUGGACAACCUAGACCUGAUCAUAUUUGUGUUAAUGAGGAUGAAACAAAUUGUGGUGGUGAUACUACGAUGGUUCUUGAUUCAUUUGUUCAGGGGCUAGAGAACACUCCAGAAGCUUCGUUGGGUUCAACAUCAGAGAAAAGAGUUCAAGUGACAGAUAAUUUCCAUGUUACUGGAGAUAACUUGGUGUGCAAGAAAGUUGAAGUUUCGUCAUCCCUUGUAAAAGAUGAGCCUAAUUAUGGGAAUUUCGAGAUGGGAUCUGCAUACUUUUUAGUUUCAGAUUUUGAAAUGGCAGAUUUAGGGACUCUCCCUGAUCACUUUGACUCAGAGAAGAAACAACGGAAGUCGAGUCGAACGAACGAGCCGAGUCAGACCCAUAAGUUACAUCAACCGUCGUCCGAGGCGGGAUUUUUCCGAAGACGCUCCGAGAAGAAAAGAAAGUACUCGAUCGAGUCUCUAAGGAACGCAACAUCAAGAUUUGCUGUAGAGAACAUAGUUUCAGAGUGUGAAGUCGAGUCGAACGAACGAGCCGAGUCAUCAGAUCCAUAA